GAAACCAUUCAUUUAUUAAGUAGUGCUGAUAGAGGACAGUUGGCUUAUUAAUAUAGUCUCCUUUCCUCCAAUAAAUUUAAUAAUAAUGAACUUCAAACUUAUCUUGGUAUUGUCGAUGUCGGUGGCCAUGGCCUGGGCCGCACCCAAGCCCUCCUGGGGGUACGGUAUUAAAGGCGGUGCCCUACCGUAUGCCGGCCAUCACCAAACCUAUACACACUCUGAAUCGGUCGAAAAAGUUUUACGUCCAUACGCCGUACCCCAACCGUACGCCGUCAAUGUUGUCAAAACCGUACCCCAACCCUAUGCCGUACCCGUAGUCAAACGUGUACCGACACCCUAUCACGUCAGUGUACCCGUCCCCCGUGCCGUACACGUACCAGUUGUCAAACGUGUACCCCAGCCGUACACAGUGGUCAAACAAGUUGACCGCCAGGUACCCCAGCCCUAUCACGUACCGAUUGUUAAGGAAUCAAUCCGGGAGAUCGUCCAAAAAGUUGAAUAUCCCGUCCCCCAGCCAUACGAAGUUAAGGUACCCGUACCCAAACCGUACACCGUCAUCAAAACCGUACGCCAGCCCGUUCAUGUCAACGUACCCGUACCCCAACCCUACGAAGUUAUCAAAGAGGUUGUACGCAAAGUACCCGUCCCGGUCGAAGUCAAAGUCCCGGUGCCCCAGGCUGUCGAAGUUAAAUACCCAGUACCCCAACCGUACGAAGUUAUCAAGGAAGUGGUCAAACAGGUACCCUAUACUCGGGAAGUUGUCAAACGUGUUGAAUACCCGGUACCGACACCUGUCGAAGUUAUCCGCAAAGUUGAGGUCCCGGUUGAACGGGUCGUUGAAAUCAAGGUUCCCUACGAUGUUGUCAAACGUGUUGAAUACCCGGUUCCCCAGCCAUACGAACGUAUUGUCGAAAUCAAGGUACCGGUUGAACGUAUUGUCGAAGUUAAGGUACCCUACGAAGUGAUCAAACGUGUUGAGGUACCCGUCCCUCAACCGAUUGAAAAAAUAAAACACAUCGAUGUUGUCAAAGAGCGUAUCAAUCAGGUGUUUGUCGACAAACCCUAUGAGGUCCCGGUUGUCAAAAAAGUUGUCCAACCCGUACAGGUUGUACACCAGGAACAGCAACACCUGGUUGAACAAUACCCGGUUCAACAAGUCCAGGUACAGGAGCACCAGCAGCAAGUAAUUGAACAGGGACCGGCAAUUGUUGAGGAACAGUUGGCCUACGAGGGUGCCAUCAAGGGUGGCGAUCUGGCAUACGGUGCCCGUAUUAAUGAAUGGAAAAAGGGAAAGGCAGCCGCCAGCAAGUUGGUCUUAGCUUUGGCAUCGGUAGCCCAGUCGGCACCGAAACCCAAACCGUCGUACCUGAAUCUCGAUGGACACGCCUACUCGCGCGGUUACAUUGGCGGCUACGGUACCUACGGUGGCGGCUACAGUGGCGGCUACGGUGGCGGUGCCAUCAAAGGUUACGCCUCCUCAGGCCCAGCCUAUGGUCAGGUCCAAUACGGUCAACUGGCUGUUGCCAACACCCAUACCCAUACCGUACGUCAAGUACAAGUCCCGGUUGCCGUACCCAAACCCUAUGCCGUACCAGUUGUCAAAACUGUUGCCCAACCAUACGCUGUACCGGUAGUCAAACAUGUGGCCGAACCGUACGCUGUCAAAGUUCCCGUCGAUCAGCCCUACGCUGUACCAGUGGUCAAACAUGUAGCCGAACCCUACCCGGUCUACAAGACUGUCGUACGUGAUGUCCCCGCACCCUAUCCGGUACACGUUGUCAAAAAUGUUGUACGCGACGUUGUCCGUCAGGUUAAGGUCCCGGUGCCCCAGCCCUACGCUGUCAAAGUCCCCGUCGAUCAGCCCUACCCGGUCGAAAAAAUUGUUGUCCAAAAAUACGAAGUCAAAGUACCGGUAGCCCAGCCCUAUCCGGUCGAGCGUAUUGUCGAGCGUGUAGUGAAAGUCCCCUACGAAGUUAAGGUACCGUAUCCGCAACCCUACGAAGUCAAGGUCCCGGUUCCGCAACCCUAUCCCGUUGAACGUGUUGUCGUCAAGGAAGUACCGGUCGAAAACAUUGUUGAACGUAUCGAAAAAGUCCCGGUCCCUCAGCCAUACAAUGUCGAAAAGAUUGUCAAAGUCCCGGUCGAAGUUGUCAGGGAAGUCAAAAUCCCGGUCCCGGUUGAACGUAUCGAAAAGGUACCGGUUGCCCAACCCUACGAAGUGAUCAAAGAGGUCAAAGUUCCCUACGAAGUGGUACGUAAAGUCGAAAUCCGAGUCCCCGUCGAAAAGAUAGUCGAAGUACCGGUUCCUCAGCCGUACGAAGUUAUCAAAGAGGUCCCCGUUGUGCGGGAAGUGGUCAGAAAUGUCUAUGUUGAUCGUCCCGUUGCCGUACCAGUUGUACGCAAAGUUGUCGAACAGGUACCGGUCGGUGUCAAAACCUACCAACCCGUUGUCCAGGAGCACAUUACCCAGGAGCACCUGGACUAUGGACGUAAGGCUGCCAGCAGUAAGGCCUAAAAAAUUAGUAUAGGGAAGCUCCGGGAGUUUUUUAGGGAGCAAACACUACAAUGUGUUUUGUUGUUUGAUGUAUUUGUUUUGUUAGUAUUAUUAUUGAUGUUGUAUAUAAUAUUAAUUAAUACCAACCAACCCCCCCCCCUCUAAAAAAAAUAAACUAAAUUAUAUACACUAGGGACAAUUAAAUUUGUUGUUAUUUUUUUAUAUAAAAAUUAUUAUUGAUUUUUUCCACCCCCCCCCCUCUCCACACAGACUGUUUUUUUUAUAUAAAUAUUAUUAUUAUUAUUACAAUUAUUAU